AGCAGUGUGUUGUAUCUGACUGAAGGUGAAUGCUGGAAAAUGUGUACCAUGCAGACAGAUGCUGAAGUAAUGCUGAUAUGUAUCUGUGUGAUGGUGGCUUCUGGAAUGUCUGUCCACCAAAUGGGUUACAAACCGACCUUCACGCAUAGCAGGAGUCGGAGGGAAAUGGAAGUAGUGGAUGGAGGAAAUCACAAGUCUGGCAGUUUAAUUUACAGACGAACUCCAGACAUAACAAAAUCACCUGUGACAAAAUCAGAGCAAUUAUUAAGGAUAGACGAUCAUGACUUUACAAUGAGACCAGCAUUUGGAGGACCUCCUAUACCAGUGGGAGUGGAUGUUCAGGUAGAGAGCCUUGAUACUAUCUCUGAGGUUGAUAUGGAUUUCACUAUGACUCUGUACCUGAGGCAUUACUGGAAAGACGAGCGUCUGUCAUUUCCGAGCACAAACAACCAAAGCAUGACCUUCGACAGCAGGCUGGUAAAAAAGAUCUGGGUGCCUGACCUGUUCUUUGUCCACUCAAAAAGAUCUUUCAUCCACGACACAACCACAGACAAUGUGAUGCUGCGGGUUUAUCCUGAUGGAAAUGUGCUCUACAGCUUGAGAGUAACAGUCACUGCCAUGUGCAACAUGGACCUCAGUCGUUUUCCGCUGGACACACAGACCUGCUCACUUGAGAUAGAGAGCUAUGCCUACACGGAUGAUGACCUCAUGUUGUACUGGAAGAAAGGAAAUGAGUCUUUAAACACGGACGACAGAAUCUCACUCUCACAGUUUCUCAUCCAAAAGUUUCACACAACUACAAAGCUGGCUUUUUACAGCAGCACGGGCUGGUACAAUAGGUUGUACAUUCACUUUACCCUUCGACGCCACAUCUUCUUCUUCUUGCUGCAGACGUAUUUUCCUGCAACGCUAAUGGUCAUGUUGUCAUGGGUAUCGUUUUGGAUUGACCGCCAGGCGGUGCCUGCUAGAGUUCCUUUAGGUAUCACUACAGUCCUUACAAUGUCCACCAUCAUCACUGGAGUAAAUGCCUCCAUGCCGCGUGUAUCCUACAUCAAGGCUGUGGAUAUCUACCUCUGGGUCAGCUUUGUGUUUGUGUUCCUCUCUGUGAUAGAAUACGCUGCUGUGAACUACCUGACCACAGUACAAGAGCGCACAGAGAGGAAACUUCGAGAACAAUUACCCUGCACGUGUGGUAUAGCAAACCCAGACGAGGACUUGAUGGUGACCACCGGCUUUAGUGACAUAGACCAAAGUCCAACAGGGAAUUAUGGAAUGCCAGAGAAUGGAGGGAGGCAGGAGAGGAUCUUGGCUCAGUUCACAAUAGCAGAUAAUCAGACCACCAGCCAGGUGAGAAACCCAAGAAGCUACAUCAACAUCUGGAUAGACACUCACGCUAUAGACAAGUACUCACGAGUGAUCUUUCCUGGAGCUUACACCCUGUUCAACAUCAUCUACUGGUCCAUCUAUUCAUAACACAUCUGCCUCAACCAAACCUGCAGAGUAUGAACAGAGACAGAGAGUAUUUUGUAUGGGUGCACUAAAAAUUCACCUAAAAAUGGGAGAAAAAAAACCCCUCUGCCUUUUUAUUUCAAUGUCUUAAAAUAUUUGUAGUUUUUAAAAUGUUAUUUGCUUAUUGUAUAGUUUUGGAACCCUUUGAUCUUUAAUGUAUUGGCAGUUUAAACAUGAAUGUGAUCAGUAAUUGUCUUUAAUUUAGCUAUUUUAAUAUCCAAUUCUAUUUUAAUUUCUUUAUAUAGAACUUGGUUUAUUCUGUUAUUGAGUUACUGUACAAUAAGCAGUGUGUCCCAAAAAAAAGAGCACUCUUUUUGUCCAGUAAAAUAUGGAUGGACUGUGUAAAUUCUCAGAUAUUCUCAGAGGUACAUACUAGAACUUCAGGGGGACAUUCAUCUUUUUUUAUGCAGAAAAAACAUCUCUCUGAUGUGUGCAGUCUUACUGAUCCCUUCUUAUUCACCCACACUUUGGUAACUUGUGCGUGAGGUCGGCUUCGUGCACAGAGAGACAUGCCUUGACCUCUGCGCUCCUUCACAUUUGUGCAGGCUCCCUUGGCAACCAGGGUCCUUACACAGCCCCACCCCUCUAUUAAUCAGGUCAUUUCCCACUCAGCAGACUGAAGGCCAAUUUUGUCUGCUGCAGGCAUCAGCCAAUUAUGUUUGCUAGAUGGAGCCCAUCAACCAGUAGCAGAGCCCGAUAUUCGAACCGGGUUCAGAAUCUUGGCACUUGGGUGCUAGCGGAUUAUCAUGUUGGGAUGCUCAUCUUUAUCAGGAUCACAGUGGGUCUAACGCAACACUGGGGCCCUGGACAGAAUGCCAGUACAUUGCAGGACAUCACCCAUCCACUCACUCACAACUAGAAACCUGACCAUAUUUUGAAUGUUUUGGUUAAGUGGGACUCAGAAGCGAAUUAUAACCACAGCUGAAACGCAAACUCAGGUUACUAUGAUCCGGGAUAUGUGCUGUACAUCCGCAUUUAAAUACUGUAAAUCCAUUAAUAAUAAUUAAUAAUGAUUAAGCAGAAUAUUUUUUAUUUUGUUAACUUACCAUUCAUUGUAUAAGAUUUGAUGAAAAGUUAGAUAAAAAUGAAAAAAUAUAGCUUGAUGAAAAAAAAUGAUGACAGCUGGAGUAAUUGUCUUGAUAAAAAUAAAAAGCCGUUUC